AUGCCACCAAUUUGUAUUUGUAUUCAAUUGUUUUUAAAAUUUUAUAAAAAGCAUACAGAAAAUUUAAAAUUUUAUAAACAAACAGAAAAUCAAAGUAUUACCAAUACAUCACAAGUGAUGCUCGAUAAUAGACAAAUCAUCCUACCGCCAGAAUGUAUGCAAAGGAUAUUUAAAUGUAUUCCACAUAAAGCAACACUUUUUAAAUUACUUUUCGUAAAUAGAUACUGGUGUGAGAAUGUAAUUCCAAUUUUAUGGAGCAAUCCAUUUAAAAUUUUGUUGCCUCCCAAAUCUUCUUGUCGUAAUUCCUCAAGAGACCCAAACGCAUGUUUUCAAUUAUUAAGAACAUAUAUCACUUGUCUUGAUGAUGAGGAUUACUAUUCAUUAUUUUCUAAAUUAAAUCCAUUAUUACAUCCCUUUAAUAUACAAAUCCCAGGUUCAUUUAAAACAUUAUAUAAUUAUCCGAUAUAUUUGAAAGAAUUAUCAUAUAAAGAAUUGGAAAGUACUAUUUACACAUCAUUUAAGUCGAACUUAAAAUAUCCUUUAGAUUAUCAAGAAGAAAGGUAUCAAGCAUCUUUAAUAGCUUCUUCAUUGUGUAAAUUAUUUUUACAAAAAUCUACGAAAUUACACUCUCUCUUAUUCAAUCCAACGACUUAUUCGGUCGAUAUGCCAAUGAACAUUCAAGGAUAUAAUAAUUACACGAUCAAAUCAGCAUUAUCAAAUUUAACAAAUAUGACAACAAAAAUUUAUUAUCAAGAUCCUAAAUUCGAUGUUUUAUCAUUAUUAAAACAUAUUUCGAAUCAUAGCACCGAGAUCAAGAAUUUUGAUUUUAAUUUUGAUUUUAAAAAGUAUGACGUUGAAUUAAUUGAAUUAAUCGUUGAUGUCAUUAGAUCACAACGACAAAUCUUUAGGUUUAAUAUAUCGAAUUUACAAAACGAAUAUUUUGAACUCAUACUUUUAAAUCUACACUCUCAUCAUGAUUCCACUUUAUAUUCUUUGAAGUUACAAAAUAUUCAAUUUACAAACAUUUCUUUACAUCUUUUGUCAAGGUUUAAAAAUUUAAAAAAUCUUUAUUUGUAUUCUUGUAAAGGUUUUCGUCAUAAUGUUAAUACUUUUAAUGAUAGUUCUUUUAACAUGAAAAGGUUGCAUAUUUGUUGCAAUGGAAAUGAUGAUGAGAUGAAGGAUCUUUUAUUACAAUUAUUCAAACGAACCGGUACUUCGUUAAAUCAAUUAGGGAUAGAUUUGGCCUGUAAUAAGGAGAACAUUGACAAAAUAUUAAAAUAUUGUCCGAACAUUAUUGAAUUAUUAAUUUUAAAUAGUGAGAAUGAUAAUUUAUCGGGAUGGAAAGAAAAUUUCAUUUCUUGUUCUAAAAAUAUCAUUAUAAAAAGUUUAAAUUUAAAAAGUAAUCUCUCUUUCAACAUAGGAAAAUUUAUGGAGAAAUUUGAAGGAAAAUUCGAGGGAAAAUUUGAGGGAAACUUUGAUAGAAGUAAUGUUACGUAUUGUAAAGAAUUUUAA